CCGCCCGGGGACGGCGCACUCGUAGGGGCGACCCCACGGAGCUGGGGGCUCCGUGCUCGCACCAUGCGUCCCGCCGCUGCUUCCCGCCCCGCUGGCCGGCGGUCGGGCUCCCUGCCGCGGCUGCUGCUCUCGUCUGCCGCACGGACGCUGCUGUGGCUCGGUCCCGUCUACCUGGCGGGGUACCUGGGGCUGAGCGGCAGCUGGGUGUUGCUGGGGCUGGCGCUGUGGCUCUGCUGGGGACACAACCGGCGGUGGAAGCGCGACCGGCUGGCUGCCGCCUUCGCGCUGCUGGAGGAUGAGCAGGAGGCGGUGUGCCGGGGCUUGGCCGCCAGGCACCUGCCCGCCUGGGUCCACUUCCCUGAUGUUGAACGAGUGGAGUGGCUGAACAAGGUCCUUGUACAGGCUUGGCCGUACUUUGGGACAAUCCUGGAAAAAACAUUUAAAGAAAUUGUUGAACCAAAAAUCAGAGCAAAGCAUGUACACCUGAAAACAUGCACCUUUACCAAGAUCCACUUUGGCGAGAAGUGUCCUAGAAUCAAUGGAAUAAAAGCCUACACCAAAGAAAUUGACAGAAGACAAGUUACCCUAGACCUGCAGAUAUGUUACGUAGGGGACUGUGAGAUUCACAUGGACAUAUCGAAAUUUAAUCUUGGAGUGAAAGGCGUACAGUUGUAUGGAACAUUGCGGGUGAUACUGGAGCCUCUUCUAACCGAUGCACCUUUCAUUGGAGCAGUGACUUUGUUUUUUAUGCAGAAACCGCACUUGGAAAUCAACUGGGCAGGCAUGAGCAACCUCCUGGAUGUUCCAGGGAUUAAUGUAAUGUCAGACUCACUAAUUCAAGACUUCAUUGCUUCACGGCUGGUUCUACCAAACAGGAUCACAGUGCCUCUGAAAAAGAACAUGAACAUUGCUCACUUGAGGUUCCCCAUCCCGCAUGGAGUAGUAAGGGUUCAUCUGCUAGAAGCUGAAAACCUUGUCCAGAAAGACAGUUUCCUUGGUGCAAUUAGGGGGAAGUCGGACCCGUAUGCUCUUCUUCGUGUUGGCACGGUGCAGUAUCGAAGCAAGACAGUUUCCCGAGAUCUUAAUCCUAUUUGGAAUGAGACAUUUGAGUUUGUUGUUCAUGAAGUGCCUGGUCAGGACUUAGAAGUGGACUUGUAUGAUGAAGAUCCAGAUAAAGAUGACUUUAUGGGCAGCUUGCUUAUAAGCCUGGUGGAUGUAAUGAAUGACAGAACUGUUGAUGAGUGGUUUCCCUUAAGUAAGACAACAAGCGGACACCUCCAUUUAAAACUGGAGUGGCUUUCACUAGUAAAUGACCAAGAAAAGCUACAUGAGGAUAAGAAGGGUCUGUGUACAGCUAUUCUGAUAGUCUACUUGGACAGUGCCUUCAACCUCCCAAAAAACCACUUUGAGUAUUCGAAUGGGGAAUGUGGAGCAAAGAAGAUCAAGAAUAACAAGUACCUCAAGAAGAUGGAGCGAGAACCUUCCUCCUUCGCCCUGCUCACAGUAGGAAACAAGACCCAGAAAAGCAAGACCUGCAAUUUCAGCAAAGAUCCAACAUGGGGCCAGGCUUUCACCUUCUUUGUCCAUAGCGCUCAUUCCCAGUCACUCCAUGUUGAGAUAAAAGACAAGGAUCGGGACAGUGUUCUGGGAACUUCAGUGAUAUGUCUCUCCCACUUACUUACGGACCCAAACAUGACUCUGGAUCAAAGAUUUCAGCUGGACCAUUCCAGUUCAGACAGCUUCAUUAAGAUGAAACUUGUGUUGCGGACCUUGAAUGUUGAAGAACCCGAUCCACAAAGAGUCAAGGCUGGUGUCAGUGCCUCAAAGCAAGGACCUGUGCAUGUCAUUGAGAAGGGUGGAAACCAGCAAAAGUUUGUGUCUGCACCAGACCCAGAAGUCUCAAAAGUACCUCCAGUGAGCAAAGACUCUGCAGCACCUGAAUCCCUGCUGAAAAAGGACAGCGGGGAAGACCUGGACACAAAGGACAGUUCAGCAGCAUCGGUACCAAGUGAAGCUGUUCCUGGCCCUAAUGAGGCAGAGCACAGCCAAAAUCCAGAGCAUCACACAUCAUCAGCACUGCAUAGCAGAGCAGCGGUAGCACCCACACUGCCAGUCGUACAGGAACUGAGGCUUGCGCCCAGUGUUGCUUCGCUGGGUUCUCUGCCUUCUUCUUGCUUUGAAUUAAGUAGCAGCAAUCUGGAACUUCAUAAUGGGACUGAAAUGCCUCUGGGAGAGAUUCAGCUCACGGUACGGUACGCUUCAAUACGGCAGAGUCUCGUCGUGCUGGUGAAUGGCUGCAGAAACUUAGUACCCUCUUCCAAUCGUGGAGUAGAUCCAUAUGUUCGUAUAUACCUGCUUCCAGAUAGAAGAUGGACAAGCAGGAAGAAGACUUCUGUUAAGAAAAAAACUCUGAAUCCCCAAUAUGAUGAGAAGUUUGAGUUUUUUGAAUCUUUGGAAGAUGUCAAGAAAAGGACGCUGGACGUUGCAGUGAAGAACAGCAGGCCAUUCAUUUCACAGGACAGGAAAGAGCUGGGGAAAGUGCGGAUUGACUUGUCGCAGGAGGACUUGAUAAAAGGCUUCGCGCAGUGGUAUGAGCUGACAAGGAGCAGGAGCAGGAAAACAUGAUUUCUUCUCAUGUACACAAGUUACUGAUUUUUGAACUUUGUAAGAAUGUACAUAUCUCCUGUAAUUAACGUGUUUUGAACAGUCACUGCAAAUCUGAAGCAGUCUCCAGCUCAGGACAUGUAAAUUUAAGGAUUCUACUCAGAAAAAAAAAAAAAACAAACAAAAAACAGAACCACCACAUUGUGAGUAAAUUGCCCCUCAAUAAGGAGUUCUUUAUUUUUGCUGUUUCUGGCACCUCUCUCCCAGAGAGCCCUCAACUAUGGAUGCGCUCUUAAGGAAGUGUUGUGCCUGGAGAUCCUUCAGAGUGUCAGCUCAGUGUCAUUACUUUGCUUGGUGGUCUCCUUUCCCCAGGAUCCUGUUCAUGUUAACAUGAAAGCUUUGUACUUCUCACAGAAUAAAUUUUAAACAGCAUUCUUCAUCUGAGGGCUACAGAAGCCAUUGGAAGAACCUGUUUCAGACUUUAAUGGCAAUUGUUUUUUGAGAAACUAAGAAAUUGAUAUUCCACUGUUUAAAAGUAUCUUGGCAGAUUGUGGCUGCAGAUAUGUAUAUAAAGAACUUCCAAGAGGAGGGAGAUCAGUUCACCAAGUCAUUAAGGUUUCAGUUUGUGACGCCUUAAUGCAUUUUGUUCUUUAUUGCAGUACAUUUCAAAAUCCCUGUAAACCUUGAUAGUAAAGUGUUCUGCCUGAGGAACAGCAGAAUUUUGUAAAGUAAGCUUUCUUAAUAGCAGAGCAAAUUAUACCAAAACUAUUUUUGGAAGCUUAGUGUAUUGUUUCUGUACAAUAAACUUCUGUCUUGCGUAA